AGUGCAGGCAAGGAAACUUGAGCUAGUAAACAAAGAGAUUUGUGUUCCCCAGUUCUGUAACCUGGACAUUUUUAUCCAGAUCAAUACUUCACUAGCGGGAAAGUCCCCUGAAAAGGUAGCCCUACGUAAUACGAAUACAAACUGCAGUCAAGUUCAUCAAGCUUGAGCAAAUACUCGCCGGGUUUAUUCCUCAUGGACAGAAGGAACGGUUUGAUAUCCACUCGAUAUCUGAUGCUGAUGGCUCAUUUGAUUCUCGCCAUUAGCUGUUUGAUGGCUCGGGAAGCCAAUGUGAAAGCAAGCCUCCCUGUUCAUCACACUGCUGAGGAAUUGCACUCCAAAGACACGGAGCUGAUUGUGGGGGUGGCUCUCACCAUCUCUUUCUUAUUCUUGGAACUUAUCACGUUUGGGACAGGGCUCACCAUGUUCUGUAGUCUGACGGGAGCAUAUUCUAUCAUGGCCCAUGCUUCAGGAGCUUUGUUGCAUGCUUACUUUAUUUUGGACAUGUGGGAUUGUUGGCUGUACUGGUGGAUUUUCGGUUUCACUGCUUGCCUGCCUUUCACUGUCGACCUCGUCGCAAUUCUCGUCAAUUUCUGCCUGCAUGAUGUCAAGUACAAGCAAUAGUCACAUGUUUUAAUUCUAUCAUAUUUAUAUUUAGUUUUAUACUUAAUGCGACGUAGUCUAGUCUACUGAGCUCAGUUAAGACACUUAGCUUAAAAAAUUGUAAUACAUGUGUUUCUGUGAUUAGAAUACCACAAAUACAAACUAUGUGUCAAUUUGUCGGCGAUCCACGCAAAUUUGGCUGUUUAGGUUAGGUUAUAGUACAUAACGUAUUGAUACUGAAUCUGUAUGAUUACAAAGUGAUCCAUCCACCGUCCAAUCUACAUAUACAUAUUCUAGUAAUUUCAUGCCGGGUUAUGAAUACAUGAAAAACUUGUAUUAUUCAGCUCAUCACAGUAUUAAGCUUAAGAAACAUUUGUCAUUAAAUUACUUCGUAUCGAAAACAUUUGUGUAUGAAAAUAAUAAAUCUAAUUCAAAUACAUUCCAACUAA